AAUGAGCUUGUUGGCAAAGUUCUGCUUUAGCUGUUUGGUCGUUUCUUCUUUAGCAACCUAUUGCUCUGAUAGCCAGCACUGUUCACACUGUAACAACACAGGCCACUGCAUCACCGACUGCGACCCCGGUUUCUACGACAACAAAUGCAUGUCUAAUUGCAGCAAGAACUGUAGAAACAAGACGUGCUCGAAUUCCAACAUUGGCAGUGAUAACUGCACAUAUGGAUGUGUCCCUGGAUUUCAAGGUACCAGCUGCAACAUCCCAUGUGACAGUCCAGGAGGUAACUGUACAGCAUGUCCAGGUGGUUGUGAUGGAGGAUAUUGUCAGCUGGGAUCAUCCUGUGUGUCUGGAUGUGUGGACUCAUACUACGGGACUGACUGUAAGAAUACUUGCAACACUGGCUGUAGCCACUCCACAUAUUUAAACACGGCAGUGGUUGCACUGUCCUUGUUUUUUGUGUUUUUCACCUUCACAAUACUUGUCGGAAUCGUCCUGAAAUGCUGGCACAUAAAACAAGAGGGAUCACGAGAGCAAGUGGAGGAGGAAUAUCAUCACAUACAAUUCCAAAGAGGAUCUUCACCUGAUACAGUUCGACACACGACUGAAGCAUACGCUGAAGUGGAUGACAACGUCGCGGGUGGAGUGGUGGUCUUCCUCUAGCAUCACCUGGCGUCACGGGUAGAGUGGUGGU